UUGGAGAGCUCCAAUGAAUGAGUUCAUCAUGUUCGUUGCCCAAAAAACUAGCUCCCUUCAAUAACGUUUUUUCCCUUCUCAUUGCCUGAUUCCUUCCCACCCGUGGGGUCCUUCAAUUCCCUUGAAGGACCCUGUCCUCCUCCUUCACCAAUCUCUCAGCUCCCUCCCAAGCUUUUAUGGUUUUUGACGCAGGGGCUUGUAACGCCUGGCAAGUUGCAUUUUGUCCAAGAAUCCGUGGUGCUCUCAUUUCCCUGAUCAGAGGCUUUUAACGAUCAAGAGAUGAAUUGCUUCUCGUGCUUCCAAUCUCAGAAAAGCAAGAGAGAGAAUGGGUCGCCAAUGUUGUCUGAAGUACAAGGUAUUUAUCUCACCCAACAACAUAUGUGGAAAUUAGAUAAACGGAUACGUACGUACCAAGGGAGAAGAAUACAGAUUGAUAUUGUCCUAACGAUAAAGAUUAAAAGAUCAAGAAACAAAAACCCGGAGAUGGAAACAAGAUGGAGGAAGAUAGAGAUAAUGUCGAAAUAGGAGAUAUUGAGACCCAAUCCUUCACCUUCCGCGAGCUUGCCACUGCAACCAGGAACUUCCGUCAAGAAUGCCUGUUGGGUGAAGGUGGAUUUGGAAGAGUCUACAGAGGGACCCUGGCAUCAACCGGGCAGGUGGUGGCUGUGAAGCAACUUGACAGGAAUGGACUGCAAAGAAACGAGUUUCUCGGUGAGGUCUUGACGCUUAGUCGUUUACACCACCCAAACCUGGUCAACCUCAUUGGAUACUGUGCUGAUGGAGACCAGAGGCUUUUGGUGCAUGAAUUAAUGUCAGGAGGCUCUCUGGAGGAUCAUCUCCUUGAUAUAGCAGCAGAACGAAAGCCAUUGAACUGGUUUGCCAGAAUGAAAGUAACUUUUGGUACCGCUAAAGGACUAGAAUACCUGCAUGAAAAAGCCGAUCCCGCAGUUAUAUUUCGCGAUUUAAAGCCCUCCAAUAUUUUUCUGGAUGAAGAUUUCACCCCCAAGCUCUCUGAUUUCGGACUCGCCAAGCUUGGGCCUUCUGGGGACAAGAUGCAUCCUUCAUCAAGAGUGAUGGGAACUUAUGGUUACUGUGCUCCAGAAUAUGCUAGAGCAGGUCAUCUCACACAAAAAUCAGACGUGUACGGUUUCGGAGUUAUUUUGCUGGAGCUCAUUACCGGAAGAAGAGCCAUAGACACUACAAAACCCAUCGACGAGCAAAAUCUAGUUUCUUGGGCACAACCGAAAUUCAAGGACCCAAAAAAGUAUCCAGAUAUGGCCGAUCCACUUCUUAACAAGCAAUUUCCCGAAAAAGACCUGAAUCAAGUUGUUGCAAUAGCAGCAAUGUGUCUGCAAGAUGAGUCAUCAGCCCGUCCUUUGAUGAGCGACGUUGUAACAGCAUUAAGUUUUCUGUCAACAGCUACUGAUAUGCCUCAAUUGAUCCCUCCUUCAGAGGAGAAAGAUGGUUCAGAUGACGAUGAUAAGGCUAGUGAUGGCAGUCAGAGCGAAGAGAGUUCAGAUAACGAGGACAGAGAAAAAGAACAUGAUGGAGAUACUUCAGAUCACCAUGAUGAUGAAAGUUCAGAUAACGAGGAUGGGGACAGUGACUGUAGAGAUCAACAGACUGUUACCGGGAGCAGAAACUUCACCACAAGCAGCAGCAUGAAAUCAAUGGAUGACAGUGUUUCUUCCGCUCGUAAAAACAGCAGGAGAUUGGAGGAGUUCACAUCGAAUGGUAGAGGAUCACAAUAUGGAAGUGUUUCCUCAAAUGGCGCUAGCAGCAGGAGUUCGCAUUGUAAUGCCUCUUUCCACCGCAAGAGCAGCAAAAAAUCGAAAAAUUCUUUGAGCCACAAAAGCAGCACGGGAUCAAGACUGGAAGGAAGCACUGUUUCUACCAGCGGCAAAAGCAGCAGCAGCAAGUCACGAGACAGAAACGCUUCUUUAAGCUUCAGCAGCGGCCAGGAUUUAGAGGAUGAAGUUGGAUCUGUGAAGUCACAAUAGUAGCGGAUCACAUCAGCAAGGUAUCACUUGAUGGGAGUGUUUCUUCUUAUGUACAGAAGGACUCACAGGAAGGAAGUAGACGCCGACAGCAACGCAUCAGGUGAAGGAAGUCCUUGUUCAUCGUGAAGAUCUCAAUCUCGUCGUUUUCCAUCAUUCUGCACAUUAAAUUAAUUUGGUAUUUCAUUUCUUAGUUGAGAAAACAACACCCGCAGAAAGGUUUUCUUCUCUACUCUUGUGUAUGCUUAUUUUUAAUGGACGUUUUCAAGUUUAUACUUA